AUGGGCAUCGCGAACCUCACAGCCAAAAGUCAAUUCUCACCGCCGGCCCUCAAAUUGACAUCAGCCCCUGCAGGACACCGCAAGGCAAUUAAGAGAGACUCAGAGACUGGCUACGAUUUGCUUUUCAUUGGAUGCGAUGAGAACAGAGUGAAACGGCCGGCAGACUUUAAGCCGUCGAUCGGUUGGCCAGCGGCAGUUCAGCCCGCCCUCCAUAACGACAACUUUGUCGACCGCCAAAAAGCAGGAUUGGGCCGUGUCGUGACCCCUGUAUGGGUGUUCACGAUGUAG